AUGGGUAAUGGUGCAUGUCACUAAUAAGUUCCUUCUAUUGACGAAGUAAAUUUAGUAGCUAGAAACUUUAAAUAAUAAUUUGAACCCUGCGAUGGUUAAUGUAUGUUACCUCUUUUGAAUUCUCAAUCUCAAAGUCCAUCUAAACCAUGCAUCGAAUCGAAGAACCCCACCAUUGCAAGAUUGGAGGAGGAAGAAUUCGAAAUUUUAAUGACGAAUGAGGAUAAGCCAGAUGAAGAUUAAUCACCUGUAAGGGAGAGCAAAUUCACUAGAGCUCAAUCUCCUUCUAAAAUUAUCAAAUCGAAACGUCGUUAUAAGUAGGAGGAGAUUUAAUUUUUGUAAUAGUUGAAGGAAGAUAAAAGCAAGAUUACUCGAAGAAAAUCAACAGAAAAGUAACUAAGUCCUGUGAAAGUCAUACAUUCAUGCCAUCAAAAGAAGCAUAACACAGCAUUAUUAAUACACAGUCCUGAUUAGAGAUCGAGUUAGCUGAUUAAAAUGAACAGGUUAUCUUGCUAACUUGACGAAGCUGUCAUUUUAUCACAAGAACCUAAAUCCAUUUUAAAAUCUAUUGGAUCUGAAAAAUCUAUAACUAAUUCACAAAAAAGUAAAACCAACAGUCAAAAAAGAGUAAGAUUUGGUCUUGUAUAUCGACAAUACAAAUGA